AUGGCUGUUCUGUUCAAAGCCUUUCUUGUUCUUCCCCUUGUGUUCCUUGGCACCUUUGCCGGGACACCCAUCAACCAAGUCCAAAAGCAUGGCUUCUCCCUUGGCAUAAGAAAUCCCUUCGGCAGCAUUCAAUUUGGUUUUGGAGGCCAAGAUGGCAGUAACUUUGAUGGCUUCCAGCAACCUCCUGAUGGCACCCAACAGCCCUCUGGCAAGAAACCCGAAUUCCUUACAAAUUUUCGAGGUCGUUGGGAGAUUCAUUCUGAAAAUGCUGGAGUUUCAGCCAUGCAGUUCCAGUUGCUGCCUAACAACAAAGCCGUGUGGUUUGACACCACCAACCUUGGCCCUUCCGGACUUCAGUUCGACCCUCCAUAUUGCCACCCAAAUUUCAACAAUGCCAGUCUAAUCGACUGCUACGCUCAUGCGGUAGAAUAUGAUACUGAGACUGGAUCCGUCAGGCCAUUGAAGUUUUCGUUCGAUCCCUGGUGCUCAUCAGGAGGAUUGGCAGCCAAUGGAGAGAUAAUCAGCACUGGGGGAGCCAUUGAAGCAAUGAGAGCUGUUAGAACUUACACUUCCUGCGAUAACUGCGAAUUUCAGGAAAACCAAGUUGCCCUUGCGGAAAACAGAUGGUAUUCGGGUCAGCAAACCCUAGAAGAUGGUAGUUUUUUGCUGGUCGGAGGACGUGAUGUUUUCAGCUAUGAAAUCGUUCCGCAAAACCAAUUGCAAUUCGAGCCAAGACUCUUUCAACUCCCUUUCCUUAGGGAGACCAGAGAUGAGAAAGAGAACAAUCUCUAUCCAUUUGUUUACUUACUCCCUGAUGGCAACGUCUACGUCUUUGCAAAUUCCAAAUCCAUCAUUCUCAACCCCUACACCGGCGAGACCAUCCGACAGCUCCCCGAGUUGGCCGGUGGAUCCAGGAACUACCCUGUUUCAGGAAUGUCCGUGCUUUUGCCCCUCCAACUUUCGGCAGAUGGCUCCCAUAACGUGGACGUUGAAGUCAUGGUUUGUGGUGGUAAUGCCCAUGAUGCUUUCAAGUACGCCGAAAACCCUCCCAGAAAAUUCUUGCCAGCAUUGAACGACUGCAACAGACUCAGCCUUACCCAAGAAAAUGCUGACUGGGAUAAGGAAAUCAUGCCAUCAAGAAGAACCAUGGGCGAUGCCUUGCUUCUUCCAACGGGAGAUGUGCUGAUGCUUAAUGGUGCAAAGGCAGGAACCUCUGCAUGGGAAUCUGCAGAUGAUGCCAACUUUACGCCAGUGCUCUAUCGUCCCAGUGCAGCCAAAGGGAAGAGAUUCAAGACAUUGAAGCCCACGCAGAUUGCGAGAAUGUACCACUCCACUUCUGCGUUGUUGAUAGAUGGAAAGAUCUUGGUUGCGGGCAGCAAUCCCCACCAAUUUUACACUUUCAACGUCAAGUAUCCUACUGAAUUGAGGGUGGAGAAGUUCACACCGCCUUACUUGGCUCCUGAGCUUGAUAAGCACAGGCCUGUAAUUGUUGAAGAUGCAUCUGAUAAACAAUUGAUAUAUGGUCAACAGUUCGUGGUCAAUAUUAAGUUGGAUGAUCAAGUUGAUGCGUCUGACAUCAAGGUGACCAUGUACCCACCACCAUUCACCACCCAUGGGUUUUCUCAGAGCCAGAGAUUGCUGGUUUUGGGGCUGACCCAGGUGACGAAUCAGCAAAUCACGGCGGUGGCACCACCGUCCGGCAAGAUUGCUCCUCCAGGGUACUAUAUGCUCUUUGUUGUUCACCGCGGGGUGCCAAGCCGUGGAAUGUGGGUGCACAUCAUGUAG